AUGCUUGGGCUGGGCGGAUAUGGGUAUCAGGAGUACUACAAGAAGCAAGUUCUGCGGAAAAUUGACCAUGCGUUCGCGGGUGGGCUGUUUUCGUCGCUGGAAGAGGCUGCUUUGGCGCAGUACGGGGAUGCUGAGCAUAUGUUCCGCAUUGCAAGACCGGAACAGGGCUUGGUUGAUGGUAUUAUUAGCGGUAACACGAGGGGGAAUUACUUCCUGCUCUUCGGGGAGAAAGGGACGGGGAAGUCGUCUAUGUUGCUAGCCUCGAUGCAGAAGGUCGAUGGCGAAGGGGUCGCCAUGUUCGAGGCUCACAGUGAUAAUGAAGUCUUCCGCCUCCGGCUCGGAAAGGCUCUUGAUUAUGAAUACCACGAGGAUUACAUCGGGGGUCUUUUCAGCGUGAAAGGGCCGCGCGAUGCUACACCAUUACUAGAUAUUGAGCGAGCCCUGAAUAAGCUAGAGAAAAUAGCAUUACAGCGCAGAAAUGCGAGCCAUGGCCGUCGGCCUCUGGUACUGAUUAUCAGCAAUAUCCAUCAUAUCUCGGAUGAUGUGGAUGGGCAGCGGCUGCUAGAUUUGCUGCAGCAGCGUGCGGAGUUGUGGGCGGCUAGUGGGCUUGUUACGCUUGUUUUCACGAGUGAUAAGUAUCGCACGACGGAGGCGCUAAGGUUGCAUGCUACGCGGAUGCAGUUGUUGAAUGUACAGGAUGUUCCGCGGGAUGUCGCGGUUGAGGCUCUGAGGAGGUAUCGCGCGGAAACGCGCGGAGAAAGCAUGCCGAGUUCUCUACUGGAUGAGAUAUAUAGUCGAGUAGGAGGACGACUUAUCUUCCUAGACCAGGUCGCAAGAUCGAAGAACAUGCUCGAGACCGUGCAGUCCAUUUGUCAAAGGGAGCAACGUUGGCUUCUCUCGCAAUGCUGGAUUUUGGGCCGGGAUAUUGAUGACGAAGCUGAGCAUCAACAAGAUUACUGCGCCGCCGCAAUGACCCUCGCCCAAGCCCUAGUCUCCAUGGAAAACAACAACCCGACCCCCUCUUCACUCCCCCGAAUCCCCCUCCACAAAGUCCAAGAACUAAUGACACGAGCCGACUUUAUCCCAAGACUCGACCAACAGAACAUCAUCGCCAUCGACGCCGAUGGCAUGGUCAGAGCCGACUCAAUGCCAAUGCAGAAUGCGUUCCGGGCAAUUUGCAGUCAACCCGGGUUUGACGCGCAUUUGGAAGCUACCAAUGAGCGGUUAGAUGAGUUGGAGAGUUUGGGGCGGACGACGGAGUUGACGGUAAAGGAUUUGGUGGGUGGGGAGUAUGAGCUGUCGAGUAGGCAUGGGGACGGGUUUGUGAUUCGGAGGAGGUAG